AUGAGCUGCACCACCACCACCACCACCACCAAAACACCACCAGACUUCGGUCUCAGUUCCUCUAAGUUCCUCACUAAUGUGAAUGUGCUGUGCUGGUCUUCGUGGGGGUGGAUAAAAAAAUUAACAUGGAUUAAUUUUGACACCCCCCCCUCCCUCCCCCCCCCUCCAUCGGUGAAGAUGGCAGACAGCGAGGUGAAAACGUUGCUGAAUUUUGUAAAUCUGGCGUCCAGCGACAUCAAGGCGGCUCUGGACAAGUCGGCGCCUUGCAGACGCUCAGUGGACCACAGGAAGUACCUGCAGAAGCAGCUCAAGCGUUUCUCCCAGAGAUACUCGAGGGUCCCAAGGUGCCACGCACACAGCAGGUCCUCCGGGUACGGAUGCGUGAAACCCAGCGGGGCUGCCAACGACACCAGGAUCAGCGAAGGAGCCGACCAGGACGCCAACAACGACGUGGAGAACGUCAGGGUCGGCGGGGACGGCGUCGACGGCAACCGAGGGCAGGUACCCAUGAGGAAACGCCAGUUGCCCGCCUCGUUUUGGGAGGAACCUAAAUUAACCCCGGACAGGAGGGACCGUCCGCUCUUGGGCUCGAUUAAGAACCCGGGGGCGAUGAGCGAGGCCGGCGACGGCGAAAAGAGGAAAAGGGUUCGUGGCAACGACGACAAUGACGCCGCCGCCAGAGCCGCCAGAGCCGCGGUCCCCGCCUCCGGUCGCCACGGCUCCCCGGGGGGAGACGCGCUGAAAUCGGACACGUGCGCCUCCUCCCAUCACCUGGGUCUCUGCGGCUGCUGCGUCUUUCAGUGCCACGGCCGCCAGGUGUUUCACAGCCACCACGUCGUCCUGCCCCACUCGCCCGCCGCGGCUCUGUGGGGCAAAGCGGCCGGGACUGACACCGAGGUGUCUGAACAUCCGUACGGACCCAAAAUUCACACGCACGUCGUGGUCAAGCCCAUACCGACGAAGCCCACCGCUCCGUCAUCUAUUUUCAGUGUCUUCGGGUUCAUUUGA